UUGGAGAUGAAACGGUCCAUAUAUCUUUCAGAAUUCAUCCAUGAAUUCUAGUGUAAUCUUUGUAACUAUCUACUCACAUUCGGAUACUAACCUACACCUCUGCAACGGGUUGGCUAAUUAUACUUCACGUUACAAAACUCGCCUAGUUAUUCUAAUUAUCUUUCACUUUGUUCGGAGAAAAACAAAAAUGAUAAUCUUCCGGUCGUCAAUUUCAUAGAGGUGACGUCGUGUGCAUGCACUCUGCUCAUUGCGCUGCGGCUCCCAAUCUCCUCCUUCAACUGCAGCACUCACCAAAACACUCGCUCGCUCAAUUCGCCGGUUCGAAGCAAGCAGGACGCUGGACACGAAGGAAUUUGCAUGUGCGCUCUCGUAGUUGGAUCCAGCCGGAUGAGGAGAAUGAUCUGAUCGACAAAAGAAUCUUCAGGGUGUUGUGGACGUUGAACAACAGCUGAAAGGGCGGAAUUGGAUGCAGCCGAAUUUUGCCUCCUUGUAGUUCUGAUGGACUCAGAUGAGUCAAUCAGCAAAGCGCACGAGCGAGAGGCGUGGGUGAGCUCGAGCUGGAAAUUUUGCCCGAGCCUGAAAUCUAGAAUCCGUCGAGUUGAGGGGCUGAGAUGGCACUGUCAAAUGAGAAUUGAGGUUCAAGACUCGGAUAGUUGGAAUCGCCAGGCACGAAACCAAAGAGGAAGGACGUCGAGGGCAGAGCUCCGAGGCCCGAGGAGAAUCCCGCCCGCGUCUCGCAUUGGCGUUGCACUUGGCCACUUGGAAUUGCGGGGACGGCAGUGAGAGCUGUGAUGCGCGAAGGAUGCACGGCACUGAUGGGCUCACGGUGCAUGGAACGAAUGGGUUGGAUUUUUGAACGAAGUCUCAUUCCAGCACUAGGACAUGCCGAAGAUCCAAUGCCUAGACCAGCACAUGCUGUUUCUAUACCUUGUCGCGGAUUGACGCUAAUCUUUCGGUCCAAAACUAUUAUGGUUACUAAUAGUAGUUCUCUAUAUUGUAAAGUAUAAUGCGGUGAGGGAC